AUGACACGUUAUGCCCAAGGUAUAAACAAAGAACGAAAACGAUUGGGGCCUUUUAGAUCCCAGGAUAUCCGCACCAGAAGUAACCCAGUAACUGCGACUUGCUUUCUCACGUCAUCUCUCUCUUAUGAUCCCCCUGGACUCCUUUCCUUCUACCGAUGCAACGCCCAAUCAUGCAGCGCCUCCGCCUUUGUCAACUUCCUUUCCGCCUUUUCCGCCGGUGUCUCUGUAACUUUCGACGUUGCAGCCUCCGUCUUUGUCGCCUUGCUAUCCCGCUUCGACGGGAGCAGCGACUUCAGAAGCGACUUCGUACUUUUCAUCGUCGACGAUGAAGUUAUCGACAUUGUAUCUUUCUCUGGUGCAGAUGUGGAUGCGGAGCGUGUAGACGACAUGUUGAGUAUGAUGAAUUCCGUGUUUUGUGAUGAUGUUCCAAUUGAUCUGAUGCCUCAACUACCGAAAUUCUAUGCCCCAAUCUUUAUACCCUUCUCCAUUCCCAUGCCCCAGCUUAGCAAUACAACCCUCAAUGACCAAUUCAACAGCAUCGCACCAUACCGCACUGCGCCUUCGUACCCAUCCGACUCAUGUGACCCCCCCAGGCAUUCUCCCCCAAUGUCCGCGCACGACAACACGGUUGAGUCAUCUAGUGGCGGUUCUACACGUGUAGAAGCAAAGGGCGUAACGCUUGUUUUUGCUGCAAAAGGUUAA